AAAGGGACAGAAAAGGGGUAAGAUGUAACUGCUAGAGUUUCCUGGUAUCAUGGCAGAUCUGCAAGGAUUCACCACUGGAAGAAUCAGAUUUUAAUAAGGCUUACAAGAUUAGGUUUUAGUUGUUGUGCUCAGAGAUUGAAUCACCAUUGUUUCUGAAUAAAGUAAAAUAAAAUAAAAUUAAAAAUAAGCUAUUCAUGUAGUUGUAAUCAUAGUUUUGGUUUAGGGUGGUAUAAGAUAUGAGGAAAGAGAUUCAGAUAAUAUUUUGUAGAUGUAUUUUUUUUAGAUGGAGAAGUCACUUGAGUUGGGCAACAUGACCAGAGUUCAGGAGUUUGUCUUAUUGGGCUUGUCCACAAGGCUGGGGAUAAGGGAUGCCCUGUUUGUCAUCUUCCUGACUCUCUACCUGCUGACACUCCUGGAGAACACACUCAUCAUCUACCUCAUCUUCAGUCACAGCGAACUCCACAAGCCCAUGUACUUCUUCCUAGGCAACCUCAGCUGCCUGGAGAUGUGCUAUGUGUCAGUCACCAUGCCCACCCUACUCAUGGGGCUAUGGACAGGACCCUGCCAUAUUCCAUUCACAGGCUGCAUGACCCAGCUUUUCUUCUUUAUCUCUCUCAUCUGCACAGAAUGCACUCUCCUGGCCUCCAUGGCUUAUGACCGCUAUGUAGCCAUCUGCCGCCCACUGCACUACCCACUGCUCAUGAGGCCACAGGUCUGCCUAGGCUUAGCCUUGUCUUCAUGGCUAGGUGGGCUGCUGGUCUCAGUGAUCAAAACAGCAUGCAUUGCAAGCCUGUCCUAUUGUGGCCCUAAUGUCCUCAACCACUUCUUCUGUGAUGUCUCUCCUCUUCUUAAUUUGUCCUGCACCCAUGUGGCCCUUACAGAACUGGUAGACUUCAUCUCAGCUAUUGUAAUCCUCUGGGGUUCACUCCUUGUGGCCAUGGCCUCCUAUGUGGCCAUUGGUAGGACAGUUCUAGGUAUGCCAUCAGCUGCUGCCCGCCACAAAGCCUUCUCUACCUGUGCCUCCCACUUGGUUGUGGUGGGCAUCUUCUACUCAGCCACUAUCUUCAUCUAUGCCAGACCCAGCCGCAUAGAAGCCAUGGACCUCAACAAGGUGCUGUCUGUCAUCUACACGGUGGUCACCCCCAUGUGCAACCCCAUCAUCUACUGCCUCAGGAACAGAGAGGUGCAAUCAGCUUUCCACAGAACCAUGCACUGGUCUUCAGUUUGA